AUCGCGCAGCGUCUGUUGGCUCAGAGUUAAACUACAGUUGGGGCCGAUAAGAAUGUCUUCGAAUGAGGCCUACCACAAAAACACGGAUCCGGGUGCGGGCGCUGGUAGUGGCGAUGGUCCGGGCGGAUCCUCCAGUGGAUCAGCUGGAGGCAGUCAGCGCAACAACCAGCUGCACCACCAGCAGAUACUCAACGAGACGACCUAUCUGAAACCCGCCGCCAAGCAGGCCUACUUCAGUGAUGAGAAGGUCCUGAUACCCGACGAUGAUCGCACAAAUGUGGGUUUCAGCUUUCGCAAGCUGUGGGCCUUCACGGGACCCGGUUUUCUCAUGUCCAUCGCGUAUCUGGAUCCCGGCAACAUAGAAUCCGAUCUUCAGUCAGGCGCCGCGGCCAAGUACAAGAUCUUGUGGGUUUUGCUCUGGGCCACAGUCUUGGGUCUCCUCAUGCAACGCUUGGCCGCAAGGCUGGGCGUGGUCACGGGCCUGCAUCUCGCCGAGAUGUGCUACAGACAGUACAAGAGGCUGCCGCGAUGGAUCCUGUGGAUCAUGAUUGAGAUAGCCAUCAUUGGCUCCGAUAUGCAGGAGGUCAUUGGCACAGCCAUUGCCAUUUACCUGUUGUCCAACAAAGUAGUGCCUUUGUGGGGCGGCGUGUUGAUUACCAUUGUCGACACGUUCACGUUCCUGUUUCUGGACAAAUACGGUCUACGCAAGCUGGAGUUCCUAUUCGGUUCCCUCAUCACCAUCAUGGCUGUUUCAUUCGGCUAUGAGUAUAUUGUGUCAGCCCCCAACCAAGGAGAAGUUCUCGAGGGAAUGUUCGUGCCCUGGUGCUCCGACUGCAAUUCAAAUGUAUUGCUGCAGGCGGUGGGCGUUGUCGGUGCCGUCAUUAUGCCCCAUAAUCUCUAUCUGCAUUCGGCCUUGGUUAAGUCCCGCGACAUUGAUCGACGUCAGCCAAAGAAAGUAAGCGAGGCGAAUUUUUACUUCUUCAUAGAGGCCUCGGUAGCCCUGUUCGUGUCCUUCAUUAUCAAUCUGUUUGUGGUGGCGGUGUUUGCCCAUGGCAUGUAUGGCAAAACGAACAAGGAUGUGAUUGACGUGUGCGUCAACAAAUCGAUGUACGAGGAUGCUGUGACCUCGUUUGUGGACAACCAAAAUGGCACGGCCAUCAUUGAUGCGGAUCUGUACAAGGGCGGCCUCUUCUUGGGCUGCACCUUCGGCGCCGUGGCCAUGUACAUUUGGGGCGUCGGCAUUUUGGCCGCUGGUCAGAGCUCUACCAUGACGGGCACCUAUGCGGGCCAGUUCUCCAUGGAGGGAUUCCUCAAUCUACAGUGGCCGCGCUGGUGUCGUGUGCUGGUCACGCGAUGCAUUGCCAUCAUUCCCACGUUCUGCCUAGCGAUGUUCAGCAAGAUGGAGGACUUGACCAACAUGAAUGACAUCCUGAAUGCUGUGAUGUCGCUUCAGCUGCCGUUUGCCGCCAUUCCCACUAUUGCCUUUACCUCGUGUGCCGCCAUUAUGGGCGAGUUUGUCAAUGGAUUGGGCAACAAAAUCGUUUCCAUACUGUUAACCAUUGUGGUGAUUGGCGUCAAUUUGUACUUUGUGGUCGUGCAGGUGGAGGCCAUGAAUAUAGAAGGCGGCUUGCUGGCUCUAGUCUGUAUAUUUGCCAUCUUGUACAUACUCUUUAACCUAUACCUUGUGAUACACAUGGCCGCCUGUAUGGGCAAUCAGCGUCUGAUGAACAGUCGGUGGGUGCAGCGCUUCGUGUUGCCAAGCCAGAACAGCUUUUCGAUAAAGAACGCUAACUCGACGUAUGCCAGGAUUGCCACCAGUGGCGACCAUGAGGCGGACGUGAUGGAAGGCGAGGAUGCGUAGCCAUUACUGUGCUGCACUGAUUCCGAUGGCAGUGAGGAGGUUUGUUUCACCAACAGCAACAACAAUGAGCUCGGCUGCCCCAGCAGCAAUCUGGUGGAGGCGGAUGGGGGGCAGCACGUGGUUCUCAGCUAGCGGUGGCAUUCGGAUUGGCUACGUGGAUGCCGCCGCCGAAACAAAUCACUCGACAACGGACACGAUGUGGCAAGGCUUCCUGGGGCAGAUAGAGUUCAACCCAUUUGGCGACUUGGCCGGCAGGGGAGGCGGGAUUGGCGUUCGUUGUUGCUUCGGGUAUACUUUCUUUUAAGGGGUUCCUCCAAGAGGACCCGGGAUCAGUGUAAAACGUUAUCAAAAUUCUAAUUUUAAUGCAUACCAAAAACGGGAAACAACACUUACAACUUACAGCAUCGAGUGCAGAGAGACAGAGAGGUCCAUGAGCUGAGUCGAAAUUUGCAAUUUUGAAUGCACUUUUAACUAAAGCAAGUACAUAAUUAUAAAGUCUAUUAACAAUAAGGCUGUGAAAUUAACUGAGCGUAAAUCGAACCACAUCAAUUGUCGUCUAAUCGUAUGUAAAUCUGUCUGCAUCAUUCGGCGUCUCAUUAUUGAGCCUACGAAUGAUUGAUUAUUUAUGAAGUACCGAGUGUUUUUUAAAUUUUAAUCUUUUAAUUAAUCGUAUUUAUUUUGUAGUGUCUUACUUAAGAGCUCCCUCAUUAAAGUCGCACUUUUUACCGAAAACGAA